UAGACAUAAACGUUUACAUGGGUCACACAGUAUUUUUGAACUGAUAACGCUGUGUCCAUCUGGGGAAAACUAAACCAGAAACAGAUGAGAAGGCAUCAUAUUUGAGAGGAAGGCCGUUGCUGUGUAAUAUCAAAAGAAGAGAAACAAGCUUUCGUUUAUUUGAGUGUUUUACAAUGCACCUGACUGUGAGAUUAACUUUCCUCAUCUGGUCACUCAGCAGAUUAACUCAAGCCUCUCUAAGUGAUCCAUACAGCAGCUGUAUCACAGGCAAAACCUGUCAGUCCAAGUUUGCGAAUGGAGUGUGUGACCAGGAUUGUUCAAGUUCUGCAUGUUUGAGAGAUGGAUUUGACUGCCUUAAAGACAAAGGCACAUGCACUGCAGGGUAUAUUCAGUAUUGCCGAGAUCACUACGACAACAAUCACUGUGAGCAGGGUUGUAACACUGCCCCCUGUGGAUGGGAUGGUUCAGACUGCUACAGAAGCCAGAAACCCAUCUGGGCCAAAGGCAGCCUCAUAUUGCACACUAGAUUUCCAUACCAGAGAGGUCAAUUCCAAAACAGCUCUUUAUUAUGGGCUGUAAGUACGGUCAUCCAGACCAGCGUCAAAUUCAGAGGCAUGGCACCUUUCCAUCUCAGCAAAGACCUUCUUUCAAUAGACACUCGACAGCUGGCUGACCUGUACGCUCAGACGUCGUCUUAUGAAAGUGAUGGGUCAGUGUUAUUCCUGCAGUUGGAUAACAGGCCAUGUUCCCGUUUUCCUUCCUCCUGUUUCCAGUACGCUGUUGAAGCAGCACAUUUCCUGAGAACUGUAAUGGCACAAAACCAUCUUUUAUUUCCCAUGAUCCCUGAGAUCAAGGAGUCUGUAAUCAGCGUACGUGGGGUGGAUGAGGAAAUUGGAGCCAGAGAGGAGGUGAAACUUCCAAAAGAGGAGCGCAAUGCCUCUCCAACCUGGAUGUGGCCUGUGGUCGGUGUGGCGACCGGACUUGCCGUGGCGGUGGCCGUGAUUAUUGUGGUGCUGCUCCUGUGGUUAAAAAGAAGAAGACGCAGGAGAGAUGGAGGUGAACACAUACGGCACAGGUCCACGGUGACGGACGGCAAUAACCUCAGCAAGGCCUGGGCUCGACGCUCGGACCAGCAGGAGAAAAGAGGGAGAUCGGGAAGAGACAAAGACAUUCUGAAGAAAAAGAAGAAAGGAAAGGAUUCGGGGAAAAGACGCAAGGAACCGCUCGGUGAGGAUUCGAUUCGCAUGCGGCCUCUCAGGAAGGAACUGGACAUCGGAAGUGACACAGACAUGACCCAGAGCUCCAUGGAAGACAUCAACAAGACAAUCUGUGACCACAGAUCACCGGACCACAAACACUUUCAGGUCAACCACCAUCAACCCCGUAUGCUGGCUCCCCCUAGAGGAUGGGAAAGGAAUGCUGUUCCUAUACCUCCAAGACCACCAAGAAAUACCGCUCCAGUGCAGUGGUGUGGUCCGGAUGGCUCCGUUGUGCUGAUCCGAGCUGUGAGGAGUGGGCUUGACCGAGUGGUUCUGGAGCUCCUGAGAGCCGGAGUACCUGUCAAUAACACUGACCACACAGGGAGAUCUGCCCUUCACUGGGCAUGCUCAGUAAAUCACCUGCCAUUGACUCGGACUCUCAUACGGUACGGCGCUGCUCUGGACCUGCAGGAUCAUAAGGGUGAAACACCUUUGUUUCUCUCGGCCCUCCACGGCUGCUACGAUACCGCACGAUUCCUCCUCCUCAACGGGGCCAAUCAGGAGUUAAAUGACUGCAAAGGGCGGCGGCCACUGGAUGUGGCUCGUGAAGGAUUACAUCAUCAGGUCCUUGAGCUCUUAUUGGCUCACAGAGUUCAAAGGGGGCCGGUUCCUCUUGAUCCAACCACCGAGGUGCUCUGGGACGAUCGUACUUACGUGUAUUCACCUUGGGUAGCUUCGCCUCCAUGUCUCCCUGGAAGAAGCGCCUCUUUUUCAGGGGUCAUAGGUCACAGAGGGAUGUCAACACCUCCACCCGAUGAUUGGCAGAUGGGAAGGGCACAAUGCGCCUCCCCACAAAACUGGCGUCCAGCACCCAACCAAUCAACAACAGCUUUGGUGAGCCCCAGGAUUCUUGGUCACCCAUCUCGACCAAUCAGCACUCUUCAGGAAGUGACAUCAGAGGCAGAGGACGAAGAAAGAGAAUUGACCCAGGAAAUUAUCAGAGCCGCAACACCUCACUUCCUGUCCCCUCAACCGGCACCUCGGCAACGCUCGUUCUCCUGUACCCAGCAUGCGCUGAACCGUCGCACAGGCGGCAACCAAUCAGAGCUGUCCGCUGCCACACCGGCAGAGAAAGCAGCCAAUGAGCAUGUUGAAAUAGUGAUCGUGUCCCAACCAAAAGAAGCGCCCCAACAAUCAGAGAGUAAAACAACAGUCCCGAGUUCAGCGCAGACAGAACCUACGAGAGAAAACUCAAGGAACUGUAAUUCCAAAAUCCAGAAUGAGAGAAUCAACAAUGAGCCCAGCAUCUCUAUUCAAACUACGAUGUGAAAGAAACCUCAUGUAAACCUUUGUUACAACUGAUAAUGCAAUGCUUACAUGUUUACAAGGCUUGGCCUGAAUGUGUAAAAAUAUUACUUAAGGGACAGUAAGUAGGAUUUUAAGUGUUUUAUUAAACAAAUUCAAAGUCUUUAUUCAUAAAUAUGUCCUCGUUGGUGUUAAAUGACCUCUGCCAGUGACCUGACUUUUCUUUGUAAGCUCAGAAUUUCUUCUCUUUACUUACAUUGAACAGGUAAGUCCAAGGAGGCUUCCAUCUCGUUCCGCCAUAUUGAUAAAAUAUAAUAGCAGAGAGGGACAAAAAGCACUAGCCUACCAACGUGUUUCCACAACGCGUUUUCAUUCAGAAUACGUGAACUAGCUGAAACGGACAAGAAGAUCAGUGAGUUCAUAACGGCUGCCGUAAUUGCAACACGCAUUUGGAAAAGCGAGGCGCUAGAGAGCACGAUUCGUUUGAAUGCAAAAUACAAUUUCACCACUAGAUGGGGUAAAUCCUACUUAUUGUCCCUUUAAGGGAUAGUUCACCCAAAAACAAAAACAUUGUCAUUAUUUACUCACACUCAUGUCAAUGUCUUUCUUUGUUUUUCAGAACCCAAACGCAGAAUUAUUCUUUUUAUUUUAAGUGUGUUGUUUUGGGGUUUUUCUGGUGUCCACAGGUUCAAGCUUUAAAAGAACCUGAAAGUGUAAAUCAAAUAUGUGACCCUGGACUACAAAACCAGUCAUAAGUCGCACAGGUGUAUUUGUAGCAAUAGCCAACAAUACAUUGUAUGGGUCAAAAUGAUAGUUUUUUAACAAUUAUGGGUUGUUGGGGACAUUUUUUGUCUUAAUUUGGCCACAACUUUCUCUGUGUUUCACCAAAUGAAAUGAUUUUUGGUGGCAAAUCUUAUAUUGACACAUAUUUUAAGAAAA